AUGGAGGACACAGCUAUGCCAAGAUUUCAACUUAUGGAUGACAUUCAGCUGCAAGACUUAAUCGAUUCUGCUGAUAGCAAAAAUACGAAGUAUGCAGUAAAAUACGGCAUUAAAAUAUUUGAAGAGUUCUUGCGAAAUGUCAACACGGACCUCGGAGAUGUAAACAGACUUCCGAAUGCAGACCUGGACAAGAUCCUUCAAAAAUUCUAUGCGGGUUGCUGGCAGAAGAACGGCGAUUAUUACAGCAAAAAAUCAAUGCUAACGAUCAGAUUCGGACUUCAGCGUCACUUUCUCAAUACUAAAUCUGUAGACAUUAUCAAGCAUGAAGACUUUGCAAAUUCGUCAAGAAUUUUCAAGUGUUUUUCAGCAACGCUUAAACAGCAAGGGAAAGGAUUUGUGAAACACAAAUCACCGAUCUCAAAUGGGAGUUCAUAUGGAAUCAUGGAAUAUAGGAAGCUUUUGAGUGUCCUUUUUGUCUUAUUUAAUGCAGCUAUCUCGCAGUCAACACAAGCCGUAACCAGAUCAGUCGGGCAGAACGUCACUUUACCGUGUUCAAUUCCAGUCGCGGAUUCUGACCUCAAUUGGCUAUAUUGGCGGAAAAAUGGGACCACCGUAUACUCCAUGAAUGGCAACUCGGUGCUAAUUAACCUUAGAAAUUACUCGGUCAAGAGAACCACUUCUCUGGUCAUUCCGGAUCUAGUGGAAACCGACACUGGAAACUAUUCCUGUAAAAUUACCCGCAAAUUAGCGUCGAUGGCUGAAAUUGGGAAAACACUUCAGUUGUAUGUGAUAGAUUUCUUUGUUAGUCACUGCAAAGGCACUGAGCAGGAGGUGGAUGGUUGUAGCUGUAACAUCAAUGGUUCAAACAUUACAUCUUUGGAGUGUUCUGCAUCAGGUUUUCCUCAUCCCCCGGUUGUCACCUGGGAGGAGGAUAGCAUCAUCUACCAAUCCUCGUCUAUUAACUUGACAAGGUUUAGGGAAAACAUCACUCUCGUCUGCAAGGCGCGAGAUCAGAAUCUACAAUAUGUUUCCGCUAACAGAUCAGUGUGUGUCUACUACAGUAUAAAGGGUGGAGAGUCGGGGAAGAACACUGGACCCACUCAGAAAACAAGAUUUGCUUUAGGGGUAUCAUUAACCUUCGUAAUCCUAGUCGUCAUCAUUUCCUUGAUAAUAUUCUGGGUAUACAAGCGCCGACAUGGAACUCAAUUGUGUGUCCAAGACCGCAGAUCUCGACGAACAUCUACGCCUCAUUCAGUAUUGGAUGACCUGAGAUUUGACAGAAUUCAGUCCCGGAUGAAAAGUGAGGACGAAACGGCAAGCGUGGGUAGUCCUCUAGAAGACUACAAUAAAGAUAUAAUCUUUGAGGAUGCCCCUGAAGUCUCACUACCGCUAGUAGGACAGGUCCUUCUCGAUGACCUCCGGUCUUUAUCUGAUGAUUUCAAGAGGUCACUCAAGGCCGUCAUCAUAAGACUGUUAAACAAACGUGUCAAACCUUACAAGGAAUUGCCGAUGGACGCAAGUGCUAAUCUUAAUGCCUCUUUAUUGCACAGUUCUAUGAAGAACAGCAUGACCAGGAGUGCAUCGACAGAUCGAGACUUUGCAUUCGUAGAGCUUGUUAUUCAGAAGCUGGAUCAGAUCCUUGAUGAAACUGACAGAGACGAGUGUGAGGUCUUGAUAACCAAGCCAGACUUCCAAGAAGUGACAGAUGAAUCUCAAAUACCAGACUAUAAAGGAAAUAGAUUCAUUAACAGGUCCAUGCUUCAGUCCACUCUCCUGCAAACGAGCAUGAGAUCUUCGAUGAACAGCAGUAGGAUAACAUGCAGCGUAGAAUCAUCAGUCAUUAGAGAAGAGCUGAAAACAAAGACUCCGUCUGAGAGAACUGCUGCACGUAAUGCUAUAUCUCAGAUCAUAGUAGACGCUCUUGGAAAGAGGAGGAGAGCUAACCAACAUGAUUUGAAUCGCAGUGUUAAUAUGUUACAGACCGAGGCUCAAUUCCAUGGUGCUGAUGAUCUAGUUGAUGAUAUAUCCCGAAUAGUUGCUCUAUGGGCCAGUAAGAUAGCUAAACUGGAUGAUGAAGUCAACAACAGAAUCACAGAAUAUAUCUUCCCCCUCAAAGCAAGAGAACCUGACGGGAGUCGACUUGCAGACCCAACGGGAGAGCCAGUGAAUGAAUCACUUCAAGACCCAGUGGCAGAGACAGAGAAAGGCUUCAUGAAAGAACCUAUAGAUGAACCCCCGGAAGAGACGACGAGAGAAGUCUUUGAUGAACACAUGAAAGAAAAACCCCAAGAACCCAUGGACAGUAUGAAGGGGCAACGUGAAACAUGUAAUGAAGGGGUGGACGUGGACGCAUGUGCAUAUUCGACAACCAGUUUAGACGACUCCUUUCAGAAAUAG